GCGGGGCGGCUCGGCGGCUCGGCGGCAGAUGCGCCCCGGCGCCCAGGCUCUGACGCCCAGCUCGCCCCGGCGGCUGGAGGGAGAUGCUCGCCCGGAACGCCGCUUCUGCGUGAGGAAGCACAAGGCAUCAUGGUGAGUAAGGAGCCCAGCAAAUGUUUACUCACCGCCUCGGACAGCGACGUCGAGCCCGCGGCUUCCCUGGCGCUGGAGAUGAAAUACGCGCUGGAUCCCAACCGGCAGAUCAAGAAACGGAACAAAGCCCUCCAGGUGAGGUUCAAGGAUAUCUGCGAGGCCCAGAACGAGCAGAGGGACAAGCAGCUCUCCACCUCCUCCACGCAGGACCCUGACAAGAAGGAGGCCAAGGCCAUCUCCUACAAGACGGCCUAUCGCAAGUACAUGACGGUGCCCGCCCGCAGGUCCAUCCCCAACGUCACCAAGAGCACAGGAGUCCAGACUUCCCCUGAUCUCAAAAAGUGCUACCAGACCUUUCCCCUGGACCGGAAAAAAGGGAAUAUUCUGAAAAGCGCCUCGACUGUGGACACGUUACCGAGCGAGAACAACGGGUUCCUGAUCGAGGUGAAGGACAGGGAGGGCCGGGGCUCGGGCGAGGCCGCGGCGUGGGGCAGGAAGGCCGGCAGCCUGCAGACGGCCGAGUUCAUCUCCCACAUCUCCGAGCGCGCCGCGCAAGACAACGGCGCCGAGGCCUGGAAAAGCAGCGAUUUGCACAGUUCUCCCAAAGAGCCGCCUCCUCCUCUGCCCAGCUUGGCCGAGCCCGGCGAGGAGGAGCGGGCGCGGCCGCCCGGCCGGGGCAGAGCGGCGGCGGCGCGGCUGGGGAGCGACGAGGCCGCCCAGCCCCUCCACGGGAGGGUCUUCAAGACUGAAGUGGCCACCGUUUACCUGCCGGCCUCGCAGCCCGACCUGCCCGGCCUGGGCGACUGGGGGCCGUGCCCCGAGGAGGACGACAAGAGGACGGUGCAGCUGAACGGGGUGCAGCCCCCGGCCGGAGAUGCCCGAGCGUGCGCGGCGAGGCCGCAGUGCCCGGCCCCCGAAUGUAGUGACCAGAGCCUGCAGGUCAACGUUGCGCCCAUGGAGGAGAGCCAGCCCUGCCGGACGGCUGUGGCCGUGAGCCAGGAAUGCCAACAAAUCGUGCCUCACACCGAAGUUGUGGACUUGAAAGCGCAGCUUCAGAUGAUGGAGAGCCUGAUCAGCUCUAGUCAGGAGACCAUCAAAGUGUUGUUGGGUGUUAUACAGGAGCUAGAGAAGGGAGAAGCUCACAGGGAAGGGCUUUCCUAUCGCACCGGUCAGGACACGGCCAAUUGUGACACAUGCAGGAACAGUGCAUGUAUUAUCUACAGGAAAGGAUGCACUAUAAAGGAGAACAGGAGUCUAUACAUGCAACAGGAACUUGAUGAAAUUCAUCUUUUCCAUGGUAAAAGUGGCCAGGAACAGCUCAGCGUGGAAUUGGAUUUUAAACAGCAAGAAGAUAAACUACAGCCAGUUUUGAGAAAACUUCAUCCUAUUGAGGAAACUCAGGUUGCACCUUUGCCUUAUUCUCAGGAGAGCUACUCCUCUACUCCCAAGCAAAAAUCCAAAACUGAAUCAAAAAAGCAUGGAAGAUGGAAACUCUGGUUCCUUUAACCCAAGUCCAUCACGUGUGGAGUUCAAGGCCUUCUUUGACAAAUGUCUGGAGUUCUCUCCAUCGUCUCUGACGGGAUCUUGGUGGAAGGAGCGGUGUCCUGGCCAAGGGCAGCGCCCAGCUCUCACCGUGCGUACCAAAAAGGCCUUUGUACCGACGGACUCACGCCCAGGAGCGCGGGCCUGGGGAGCUCCCGCCCUCUUCUACUCGCGGGUUGCCAAUGUGGGAUGUAAAACCUGAAUGGAAAUUCGGACAAAGAUGGGAAGUAAAAACUGUUUCCCUCCCCUCCUCAGAUCCGAAAGCGUCGCGCUCCGACCCGGUGAAGCGUAGGCUGGCAUCCUGCUCCCACAGGAAUGGUGAAAGCCUUUUGGGGGUCUGGGUUGUUGUAUUUGGGCAGCAACGAGGGGGAAAAACAACAAGCAAGCCUUAUGUUUGCAACGGUGUUCGGUUUUACAGCUCCAUGUUGAUCGGAGAGUGCAGUUUUCAGCACAGAAUUCCUGGACAAAGCACAAUUUUUCCCGUGGCCCGAGGCCGCGCUGAUCUCCGAGACGUGACUGUGGUGUAUUCUCUGCCUUCAUGCGAUGUAGACUCCAACCAAGCUCUCACAUUUCAACAUCAUUUCUGGUUUAGCUGCGUCCUCACCACCAGAAGAACCACUCUGCUGCUCAGCCCCAGCGGGGCAGCGGCCAGAAACCUCCCAAAAAUCAGGCCCAGCCUUUAAAGCACCUCCAGCUCACAGGGUCCAGGCCAUGGGACGACACCUCGGAAAGGUCUCAGCCACACAGGAACAAAACCCGACCCCAAAACAGACCCUUCCCGAUCCGCAGCGUUGGCCUUUGCCAUGGGUUAGCAUUUUUUUUGUAACGGUCUUUGGAAAACCUCUCCACUACUGCAGAAGGCACCAGAAGAUGUCGAGGCUGCAGCACUGCUUGGAAGGAGCUGAAAUUUUAAAUGCUGUUUAUUCAGCUUCUCAGAUGGGUCUCCCAGCUUACCAUAAUUUGUAUCUCGAUCUAUUAAUUGUACUCAGUAAUUGAAAUACUUAGGGGAGAAAUGUGAAUCAGAUUUUUCCUAAUUUGGUUUGGGGGAUUUUUUUGAAAUUGCUGACUUAUAAACUGCAACUCUUCCUUUAAGUACUUGCUACUAUCAUUAAACUUGCAUCUAAAACGACCACUGGUGGAAAAAUUCCUCGUGCUAGAAGUGGCCAGGGAGUGGGAAUAUCUAGUCUUUUGUUUUGGUUUGGGAUUUUUUUCCCUAAGGAUUUCAGAUAAUUUGAGUGUCAUGUGACAAACUGGGUUUGAAAUUGCAUCCCCUAUAGCAGCAGGAAGGUACAAAUUCUUCAGCCUUUACGUGCAAGGACCGUGAUCAUUAAUUUGCACAUACCAAAAAUAUGAGGAAGUGUGUUUCUUUUACACUGUUUCUCCUCUUAGCUCAGCAUCCAAUUUACUCCUGAGAGGAAGCUAGAGGAAAAUAACUUAAUUUUUUUCCCCCAAAGAGCAAGAAAAGCAAGUUCAAAUGGGAAAGGAAACGCAGAAGACGCCUCUGGCCAGCUCAAUAUUUGCAGUAAACCUUCAAGAGGGCUACGAGCUCUUGCAUAGAAGCAAAUCCUGAAAUCUUCUGGUGGGAGUUAAAGAAUAAAGGAAGGUGAUACUGCAGGAAGGAAGUGCCAUUGUUUCAUGUGGAAAAAAUCCCCAUGUUUCAUGUAUUUUAUAUUGUUUUUAACUAAAAUAUAGAACUGUUUACAAGACAGCCCACAUGACAUGACUUAGAAAACCCAAAUAUUUCCAAACAGAAAAAAAAACCAAACUUUUUUUUUUUUGUCUAAGCAGAAAGGAAUCUCAAAAAAUAGGCAGAACAAGGAAAAUACAGCAGUAUUCAUUAUUAAAAUAACGUUAAUAACUAAUACACUCCUCCAUGCUAACAGGCCUAGUGUUUGGGGUUUUUUAAAGAAAUGAAACCAAGCAUCUUUCCAUGGCAGUCAAUUCCCAAAUCCUCAGUGCCACCCCUCAGCAGCUUUGUGUGUGCAGGGACCCUGCCACAAACCCGACCUGUCUGUGAUUCCUGACUGACCCAUUGCUCCUGGAAUCACGGGAAAAGAGGGAGGAAACUCCGACUGGAGAAACAAAGAGCUCAAAGGGAAAGUUCUCACGGCGUGUUCUGUACAUGUCCAGGCUAUUUUCUUAAGAAGUUGCAAAGUUUUUAAUUUUUUACAUUUUUUUAAACCUGGGGAAAGCUGACAUUACCAUAGAGUCUUGCUUCCGACUGACAUCUGGUGUUCUCUCCUACCCUCCGAUGUACUUUGUAAUAAAAUGUUUUUGCAAGUGUGUAAAAUGUAUCAUAAUUGUAUUGCCUUUAGAAUCACUCAGGCUCAGGUUAGAUAGACACCAAGAGAGAAAAAAAAACCCCUAACUCUUUAGAGCUUUUAGUUCAAUGUGACAGAGCUAUUUUCACCCUCAUGUAGAAGAUCUUGGAGGUUCUAAUGAGGAAAAUGCAUUUUUAUUUUCAGUGUGGCUUUGCUGGAUUCACUGGCAGUCCCCUGCACUUCAUACACUGAUUUUCUAGCUGAACAUCUCCCAUCUUCUGCUUCAAAAUACUUUUUAGCCAAUAAAUACUGCAGUGAUUUUAUAUCCCUUGCUCUUUGCUGAGUCCUUAUAAUUUC